UUAGGCAUAACAAGUGGAAUUCCUACUGUUGGACUAUUAGUAUAAAAUUUUAUAUAACUUGGACUUAUAUUUUUAAUAAUAAAAUGAAGAAAGCAAGUAGUAAAAAUCAAGCAUAUGCUUCUAGUCAAGAAGAUAGUGAAAAUGAUAGUGAUGAAACUGAAUGCAGCAUUGGCAGUAAUUCAACAGCAGAUAAGCCACUUUAUAAGUAUUGCUGCAGUGUUAAAGAAGAUCAUGGGCAGCCAUUGUUUGGAGUACAGUUUAAUCAUCAUUUGAAAGAAGGUGAACCAUUAAUAUUUGCUUCAGUGGGAAGCAAUCGAGUAAGCAUUUAUGAAUGUCCAGAAGGAGGAAAUAUCAGACUACGUCAAUGUUACGCAGAUCCUGAUCCAGAAGAAAAUUUUUAUACUUGUACUUGGACUUAUGAUGAUUCUGGAAAACCUUUACUAGCAGUGGCUGGAUCACGUGGUGUUGUAAGAGUUAUUAGUCCUGUAACUAUGACUUGCAUUAAACACUAUAUUGGACAUGGUCAUGCAAUAAAUGAAUUAAAAAUUCAUCCUAAAGAUCCAAACAUAUUACUUUCUGCAUCAAAAGACCAUGCUCUUAGACUAUGGAAUAUAAAAACUGAUGUAUGUAUAGCAAUAUUCGGUGGUGUUGAAGGUCAUAGAGAUGAAGUUUUAAGUGCUGAUUUUGAUAUGAAAGGGGAACGUAUUAUUUCAUGUGGCAUGGAUCAUGCUUUGAAAUUAUGGUCAUUAGAUAAACCUGAUAUGCAAGAAGCAAUAAAGCAAUCCUACUAUUGUAACCCUAGUCGUAAUGGAAGACCAUUUGAUUCAAUACUUCAGCACUUUCCAGAUUUUACUACACGUGAUGUUCAUCGUAAUUAUGUUGAUUGUGUCAAAUGGUAUGGUGACUUUAUUUUAAGUAAAUCUUGUGAAAAUUGUAUUGUUUGUUGGAAACCAGGACGUCUUGAAGAUUCUCAGCUACGGAAUGGAGAAACAAGUGCUACUGUGUUACAUAGGUUUGAAUUCAAGGAAUGUGAUAUAUGGUUUAUACGAUUUUCAAUGGAUUUUUGGCAGCGUACAAUAGCUUUAGGAAAUCAAGUGGGUAGAACAUAUGUAUGGGAUUUAGAAGUUGAUGAACCUGGUCAAGCACGCUGUUACUCGCUCCAACAUCCUAGAUGUACUGCACCUAUACGUCAGACUAGCUUAAGCAGAGACGGUUCAGUUUUAUUAUGUGUUUGUGAUGAUGCUACUGUAUGGAGAUGGAAUCGAGAACAUUAA